AUGAGCUCUAGGACCACCGUUCUGAGGCUCUAUCGCCGUUCGCUCAAGCUGGCUCUCGACUGGGCCGUUCACAGGUACCUCUGGCGGGGCCAGGCAAUGUACAUCCGCUCGCUGUUCGAAGCCAACAAGAACGUCACCGAGCCGCGCCGACAGAGGGUACGAUCCGUAUGGCAAUGCUCGCAAGGCAGCAUCGCUGACACGCGCGCAGGACUUGAUCAAGGAGACAGAGAAUCUCCUCGAGAAGUGGAAGCAUCCGGACCCGUACCGCCCGCCCACGGCGCCUGGGGGUGA